AUGGUGAGGCCGGCGGCCAAGGUGCUGCCGCCGAAGCACCUGGCGGCGCUCGCCGUCGUCGCCGUCCUCGGACUGGUCCUCGUCGCCGACUUCCUCUGGGCCUCCUCCAGUUCCGCCUCCUUCUCCAUCUGGUCCACAAGGCUCGAUAUCUCCUCUCGCCCCACGGCGUCGCCGCCGCCCUCGGCGACGAAGAAAACGAAAGACAAUACAUCUACAGGCUCCAUGGACAUAAGUGCCACUUUUGCGGAUUUAGCAGCACCAGAAUUGCAAUGGGAGCAGAUGGCGGAAGCACCUGUACCACGUUUGGAUGGUGCUGCUAUACAGAUUAAGAAUCUCUUAUUUGUGUUUGCUGGAUAUGGCACCAUCAACUAUGUGCAUUCUCAUGUCGAUAUUUACAAUUUCUCGGAUAAUACAUGGGGAGGAAAGUUUGAUAUGCCAAAGGAAAUGGCACAUUCACAUCUCGGGAUGGUUACAGAUGGAAGGUUUAUCUAUGUUGUAACUGGACAGUACGGGCCACAGUGUAGGGGACCUACAGCUCGAAAUUUUGUGCUGGACACUGAGACAAAAGAAUGGCAUGAUUUACCUCCAUUGCCAGUUCCUAGGUAUGCUCCAGCCACACAACUUUGGAGAGGGAGGCUUCAUGUGAUGGGUGGCAGUAAGGAGGACAGACAUGAACCUGGACUUGAACAUUGGAGCCUCGCAGUGAAGGAUGGGAAAGCAUUAGAGCAAGAGUGGAGGAGUGAGAUACCAGUCCCACGUGGCGGUCCACAUAGGGCCUGUGUUGUUGCUAAUGAUAAGCUGCUUAUUAUUGGUGGUCAAGAAGGAGAUUUUAUGGCCAAGCCUGGAUCACCUAUAUUUAAAUGUGUUAGAAGAAGUGAGAUAGUGUACAGUGAUGUAUACAUGCUUGAUGACGGAAUGAAGUGGAAAGAACUUCCACCUAUGCCAAAGCCAGAUUCACAUAUAGAGUUUGCUUGGACGAAUGUCAACAAUUCUUUAAUUAUUGCUGGUGGGACCACAGAAAAGCACCCAAUAAAUAAAAAGAUGACCUUGGUUGGUGAAGUAUUUCGGUUCAAUUUGGAAACACUGGAAUGGAGUGUGAUCGGGCGGUUACCUUUCCGAAUCAAGACCACUUUGGUAGGAUACUGGGAUGGCUGGCUGUACUUCACUUCUGGGCAACGAGACAAAGGCCCAAGCAACCCAUCUCCUAAAAAGGUUGUCGGUUGUAUGUGGAGAACUAAGUUGCAGUUGUGAUUUUCUAACGGAGAACAGAUAAGAGUUGGGCAUUCUUUAUGUAUUCUUUUGGCACAUAACCGUUUCAUUCCCCUUUGGUGGGCGAGUCGUUUAUCGUCAUACGAAUUGGCUUGAUUUAGCAUGCACCAUCGCAUUAUGUGACGGGUCUGUUGUAGUAUGUUUUUUGUAGUUAUACCAUAGAGCAGCUCACUUUUAACGACUUUGUACAGGGGAUCGAUUAUUCUAUGCAGCUGUCCUAAUCUUGCAGAGUAACA